CGGAUCUUCAUGUGACAGUGGGUUGGCCACGGCAACACCCCGCCCACUCCUAGUGUCCAGCCACUGAGGAGGUUGCUGAAGUUAGCAACAGAAAGCCCGAUUGGACAGAAGAAGUGGAAGAAGAAGUAAAUAACCUUCUGUAGAGUGACAAUACAUUAGAGUGAAUCUCAACUCACUUCUUCAUUUGCUCUGUGGUUGGCAGUGGCACCAUUUCCUGGGCGUCGGGUGUAUAAACAGGAAGUGGUUAGUGGUGAAAGGACAGUCCCUGGCAGCACUGCAAUAGCACCUCACCUGUGUGUGUGUGUGUGUGUGUGUGUGUGUGUGUGUGUGUGUGUGUGUGUGUGUGUGUGUGUGUGUGUGUGUGUGUGUGUGUGUGUGUGUGUGUGUGUGUGGUGAGGUUGCUGUUGGAGGGGAGUGUCUGCACGUGUAGCGAUGCGUGUAGAGACGAAGAAGCCCCUUCCCUGCUACCUGACUCAGACUCUGGCUGUGACCUUCAACGUGACCCCAGCCCCACCAUGCUGAACAAUGCCUCCCUUGUCUACAUCGCCCUGGAGCUGGUCAUAGCCUUUCUGGCCGUGACUGGUAACAUGCUGGUCUGCUGGGCCGUGUGCCUCAACAGCACCUUGCAGAGCAUCACCAACUACUUUGUGGUGUCCCUGGCAGUGGCAGACAUCGCUGUGGGCUUGCUGGCCAUCCCCUUCGCCAUCACCAUCAGCACAGGCUUCUGUGCCAACUUCCACGGCUGCCUGUUCAUCGCCUGCUUCGUACUGGUGCUCACCCAGAGCUCCAUCUUCAGCCUGCUGGCCAUCGCUGUGGAUCGCUACAUCGCCAUCAAGAGCCCCCUCAGGUAUAACAGUCUUGUGACGUCCGGGAGGGCAAAGGGCAUCAUCGCAGUGUGCUGGGUUCUCUCCGUGGGCAUCGGCCUCACGCCCAUGCUGGGCUGGAACAGGGGUGUCAACGGCACCAACAGCAGCUCGUGCCCCGAAGGCAUGACAGAGUGCCUGUUCGAGGGUGUGGUCACCCUGGAAUACAUGGUCUACUUCAACUUCUUCGGUUGUGUGCUGGUGCCCCUGCUGGCCAUGCUGGUCAUCUACGCCCGCAUCUUCAUGGCGGCUCGGCGCCAGCUGAGACUGAUGGACCUGAAGCUGGCUCACAUGCACGCCCCUGGGGCAUGCUCAUCGUCCUCAUCGUCCCGCUCCACCUUGCAGAAGGAGGUCCACGCAGCCAAGUCUCUGGCCAUCAUCGUGGGGCUAUUCGCCCUCUGCUGGUUGCCCCUUCACAUCAUCAACUGCUUCAACCUGUUCUGCCAGGACUGUGGGCGCCCGCACGUCUGGGUGAUGAACAUCGCCAUCAUCCUGUCCCACGCCAACUCCGUGGUCAACCCCUUCAUCUAUGCAUAUCGCAUCCGGGAGUUCCGCCACACCUUCCGCAGGAUCCUGCGCAAGCACAUCCUGGGGCACUGGGAGGGGCAUGGAGCUGGGGGAGGGGGUGGCAGAAGGCUGGGUAGCAGCAGCAGUAUCACGCGUGCCUCUACUCGCAUCAGCAUGGUGGACAGCUUGUGUGGCACCAUGGGGAACAGUUAUUCCCUGGAGCCCAGCCCCAAACCCAGCCCCACUCGGACCCCCAUAGAGACCCAUAGAGCUGGGAAAGAAGCUUACUCUGACUCCUGCCAAUGGUCACCACCACAGUCAGACCCUGCACCAAUCAGCUCCAUUGAAAACGGACACAACAAAGGCGAUGCCCCGGUGUCUCCCAGGCAGCAGCAAUGCAUCAUGGGAUGUGCGGACCAAAGUGGGGUUGAGACUACAACCGUGUUGAUGGAGGUGAGGGACAGUGGGAACAUAUCCUCUGUCCCCCUCUGUCCUCCUCUGUCCCCCUCUGACCCCUCUGUCCCCCACACUAACCAGCCUAACCACUCAGUAGAACUCACUGAGGUCUCAUGACAUAGUUAUCUCCAUGUCAGGCCUCUGUCCCCCUCUGUCCCCCUCUGUCCUCCUCUGUCCCCCUCUGUCCUCCUCUGUCCCCUCUGUCCUCCUCUGUCCCCCUCUGUCCCCUCUGUCCCCCUCUGUCCUCCUCUGUCCUCCUCUGUCCCCCUCUGUCCCCCUCUGUCCUCCUCUGUCCCCUCUGUCCCCUCUGUCCUCCUCUGUCCCCCUCUGUCCUCCUCUGUCCCCCUCUGUCCUCCUCUGUCCCCUCUGUCCCCCUCUGUCCCCCACACUAACCAGCCUAACCACUCAGUAGAACUCACUGAGGUCUCAUGGCAUAGUUAUCUCCAUGUCAGGCCUCUGUCCCCCUCUGUCCCCUCUGUCCCCCUCUGUCCUACUCUGUCCCCCUCUGUCCCCCACACUAACCAGCCUAACCACUCAGUAGAACUCACUGAGGUCUCAUGACAUAGUUAUCUCCAUGUCAGGCCUCUGUCCCCCUCUGUCCUCCUCUGUCCCCCUCUGUCCUCCUCUGUCCCCCUCUGUCCCCCUCUGUCCUCCUCUGUCCUCCUCUGUCCCCCUCUGUCCCCCACACUAACCAGCCUAACCAGUCAGUAGAACUCACUGAGGUCUCAUGACAUAGUUAUCUCCAUGGUGGACCAGUUACUGAUACCCCAACCUACAUCAUCAACUAGGAGGGGAGAAGUGAGGGACCAGGUCCCUUCACCUGUAAAAUCAAUUCUACAGAAAUAUUGGAAAUGGUUGAACUGACUAGAAAUAGCUUUUCUUUCUUUAGGGGGAGACUUCUUGAGCCUGAAAGGGCAACUGGCAAACUGGUAUUAAAUCACGCCUAGCCAUCUUGUUUACUUAUCACAUAGCUGUUGUUGGUGGAGACGUUUUGUACACGUUACCUCUGAGGCUCUUUCCUGUAGGCUAAUAGUCUUUCAGAAUUGAAAAUGUAUGAGGAUAUAAAUGAAUGGUCUGAUCUACUGAGCACCUGUCAUAUGCUGACAGAUUAUGACCGAAACCAUGUUGAUCCUAAACACUGUCCAAUACUGUAAUGACUCAAUAUUUGGUAUUGCUGGCCAACCACUACUGAGUUAAUGCAACUACUGUAUGACAGUGUGAGACGUCGGGAUUGUAUUCUCUUAUGAAGUGCAGUAUUCCUCCAAUUGUGUCAUGUUGUCAAACGUCGGUCCCUUGUGUGUUUCCAUGUCAGUUUAUUAAAUGACCUUAAACAAG